GCCGGGCCGGGCGACGGUCGUGCGCGGCUGGCGUGACCGUGGGAGCCGAGGGGUGGGGGGGUUGGGCUGCAUUUGCUAGGACAGCGUUCGGCGUGUGUCCGCGAGGCGCGGCGGCGAGACUCGGACCUGCGUUGGGAACUCUACUUUAAGAAUCUUUCAAAACAGAAAAAGCAAGUCAUGGAGAAGAAUGAGAUUAACCGGAAACUUCGGGUCUGUGUUGCUACUUGCAACCGUGCUGAUUAUUCUAAACUUGCCCCAAUCAUGUUUGGCAUUAAAACAGAGCCCGAGUUCUUUGAACUUGACGUGGUGGUUCUUGGCUCUCAUCUAAUAGAUGACUACGGAAACACAUACCGCAUGAUCGAGCAGGAUGACUUUGACAUUAACACUCGGCUGCACACGAUUGUCCGUGGGGAGGACGAGGCGGCCAUGGUGGAGUCCGUGGGCCUGGCCCUGGUGAAGCUGCCCGACGUGCUCAACCGCCUGAAGCCUGAUAUCAUGAUUGUUCACGGAGACAGAUUCGACGCCCUGGCCCUCGCCACGUCCGCUGCCUUAAUGAACAUCCGAAUCCUUCACAUCGAAGGUGGUGAAGUCAGUGGGACCAUUGACGACUCCAUCCGACACGCCAUAACCAAGCUGGCUCACUACCACGUGUGCUGCACCCGAAGUGCGGAGCAGCACCUCAUUUCCAUGUGCGAGGACCAUGACCGCAUCCUGUUGGCGGGCUGCCCUUCCUAUGACAAACUGCUCUCUGCCAAGAACAAAGACUACAUGAGCAUCAUCCAGACGUGGCUAGGUGAUGAUGUGAAAUCUAAAGAUUACAUUGUUGCACUACAACAUCCUGUGACCACUGACAUCAAGCAUUCCUUAAAAAUGUUUGAGUUAACAUUGGAUGCACUGAAGUCAUUUGACAAGCGGACCUUAGUUCUAUAUCCAAAUGUCGAUGCAGGGAGCAAAGAAAUGGUCCGAGUGAUCCGGAAGAAGGGCAUUGAGCGUCACGACAAUUUUCGAGCUGUUAAACACGUCCCAUUUGACCAGUUUAUACAGCUGGUUGCUCAUGCUGGUUGUAUGAUUGGGAAUAGCAGCUGUGGGGUACGGGAGGCUGGAGCUUUUGGAACACCUGUGAUCAAUCUAGGAACUCGUCAGAUUGGAAGAGAGACAGGGGAAAAUGUCCUUCAUGUCCGGGAUGCUGAUACACAAGACAAAAUACUGCAUGCUCUGAAGCUUCAGUUUGGCAAACAGUACCCCUGUUCAAAGAUAUAUGGGGAUGGAAAUGCCGUUCCAAGGAUUUUGAAGUUUCUCAAAUCCAUUGAUCUUCAAGAACCACUGCAAAAGAAGUUCUGCUUUCCUCCCGUGAAGGAGAAUAUCUCCCAAGAUAUUGACCAUAUUCUUGAAACUCUAAGUGCCUUGGCUGUGGAUCUUGGCGGGACAAACCUCCGAGUUGCCAUAGUCAGCAUGAAGGGCGAAAUAGUCAAGAAGUACACUCAGUUCAAUCCAAAAACCUAUGAAGAGAGGAUCAAACUCAUCCUGCAAAUGUGUGUCGAAGCUGCAGCAGAAGCUGUAAAACUGAACUGCAGGAUUUUGGGCGUAGGCAUUUCCACUGGCGGCCGUGUAAAUCCUCGGGAAGGCAUUGUGUUGCAUUCAACCAAACUGAUUCAAGAAUGGAAUUCUGUGGACCUCAGGACCCCACUGUCCGACACUUUGCACCUCCCCGUGUGGGUGGACAAUGAUGGGAACUGUGCCGCCCUGGCAGAAAGGAAAUUUGGCCAAGGAAAGGGCCUGGAAAACUUUGUGACUCUGAUCACAGGCACAGGCAUCGGAGGUGGGAUCAUCCACCAGCAUGAACUGAUCCACGGAAGCUCCUUCUGUGCCGCAGAGCUUGGUCACCUCGUUGUGUCUCUGGAUGGGCCCGACUGUUCCUGCGGGAGCCACGGGUGUAUAGAAGCAUAUGCAUCGGGACUGGCCUUGCAGAGAGAAGCCAAAAAACUACAUGACGAAGACCUGCUCUUGGUAGAAGGGAUGUCAGUGCCAAAAGAUGAGGCUGUGGGCGCAUCCCAUCUCAUUCAGGCUGCAAAACUUGGCAACGCAAAGGCCCAGAGCAUCUUGAGAACGGCUGGAACAGCUUUGGGUCUUGGGGUUGUGAACAUCCUCCACACUAUGAAUCCUUCCCUUGUCAUCCUCUCUGGAGUCCUCGCUAGUCACUACAUCCAUGUCAUCAAAGACGUCAUUCGCCAGCGAGCCCUGUCCUCGGCCCAGGAUGUGGAUGUGGUGGUUUCAGAUCUGGUUGAUCCUGCACUGCUCGGUGCCGCCAGCAUGGUUCUGGACUACACGACCCGCAGGAUCCAGUAGGCCUCCCUGAGGGCUCGCGGACCAAGACUCGAGAGCUCCUUCAUGAAUUCAGGGUGACCUGUAGACAACCGUUUCUUAGAAAGCAAAUUUGGUAUUUGGCAAGUGACUUUGGCGGAGAAGCUUUUGCUUUCUGUCUCCUGAAGUUCCCUUUCUCAGACCCAUUGUUGUAGAUGCUGCUCUUUCUGGGAUCAUUUUCAGCUCCAAUCAUGUAAGUACCAGUCACGCUUUUCUGUGCCAAAAUGAGCUACACAGUAGGCAGGGAAGCCUUAGGAUUCUGCCAACUCAGUGUGCCCGGAGACCUGUGGCCUUGCUUCCUGUGUGAGUGAAC